AUGGAUUCAACUUAUGCUCCUCAAUCCCCCGAUUUAUCAAGUUUCUUAUUAGCACCUGAUAUAAAUAAAAAACAACAGCAACAACAAUCAACAACAACAUCAUAUGCACCUAGAUCACCAAUAAUUCCUAACUUUGGUGGCACUACUACUACUUCAACAGCAGCCUCACCACUUCAACCACAAAAUCAAUAUUUGAAUAAUCAAUACAAUCAACAAAUAUACACUCAAAGAGGAGAUUUGAACCAAUUUGAAGGAUACGGUGGAAAUCAAUAUAUGCCACCCAUUCCCACUUUACCUCCUACACAUACCUUUGGCUUCGGAACUCUAGGAAUUUCUUCAUCUACAGCGGCCCCACAAUUCUAUUACCCCUCUCAGACGAUCAAAUCAGAAUCUGACUAUCAAAACAAUUCACCUUCACCCAUCACAUCUUCUCUAUCGAAAGCUCCCACAAUCAGUUUCAACCGUAUCCCAUCACCUUUUAAACUUGACUCUACCAAUUCCAUAUACCCAUAUAACCACCAGCACUCCCCUUCCGACCUCGAUCUCAAUCUCGAUCUGGAUCUCGCACACGAUCAUCAUAAAUAUAUUCCCGACCCUGUUGAUAUGUCCACGCGCCAACCACGCCAACCACGCAUUAAUUCCCUACCCAACAGCCACCAGACCCCCAACACCUUUGACGCAUCCCCCUCAUACCCCUCCAACAUGUCAGCCUACGCACUUGCACCGCAACCUUCCCACUCAUCCGCGGCUCCUCCGACUAUUUCCAAAAACCCCAAUCCGGAUAACAUAGAAAUACGCACGAAAUUCCCCGUGGCGCGCAUCAAACGCAUUAUGCAAGCAGAUGAGGAAGUGGGGAAAGUAGCGCAGGUUACGCCGGUGGCAGUGAGUAAGGCGUUGGAAUUGUUUAUGAUAAGUUUAGUGCAGGGAGCGGCGAGGGUGGCGAGGGAGAAGGGGGGGAAGAGGGUUACGGCGGGGUGUUUGAAGAGGGUGGUGGAGGGGGAUGAACAGUUUGAUUUUUUGAGUGAGAUUGUGGGGAAGGUGCAGGAUAGUGUGGCGGUGGCGAGGGAGGUGAAGGAGAAGGAGAAGGAGAAGGAUAAGGAGGUUAAGGAGAAAGAGGUGAAGGAGGGGGGGGAGGGAAGUGGGAGUGGGAAUGGGAGUGCGGCGGUGGUGACGGCGGGGAGGAAGAGAAAAGUGGUACCGGUUGUGUCGAGGAAGAAGGAGGAGGGGAGUGGGAGUGAGAUGGAUGUUGAUGUUGAUGUUGAUGUUGAGGUGGAGGAAACAAAAAAGAAAGGGAGGGGUAAGGGAAAGGGGGGAAGAAAGAAGAAGGUUGAAGAUUCCAUAUAA